AUGUUCUGGCGCAAGUCCAAGUCCGAGGUUGCCGUCAACUCGGCCGCCGCCGCUCAUACUGCCGCGGCCUCCGCAUCUGCCGUGACCGGCCAUUCUCGACAAAACUCGCGUGCCAGCGACAUGGGCAGCGGCGGAUUUGGCAGUGCCCAGCUCCAGGAGCACGCCAGCAGCGCCAGAGAGGCAGCUCUGGUCGCAGACAAAAAGUCGCUCAUCAGUAUCUACAUUCUCUGCCGAGUUUUAAUUGAGGUGGUCAAACAGACAGACACGGACUCGUUGGGUGAGGAUCUGCGUGAUAAGCUGGAGGAAAUUGUCUUCAAACAGCUGCGAACGACGGACCCGGCGGUGCUGGCUACCAGCCACGUGCGCCACGCCAACUGGAACCUGUUUGCGCAGCUUUUGGGCCAGAUGAGCAACACCAACUUUGUUUCGGUUACGGACCGUUUCCUCGGCGAUCUGGGUCGGGCCGGCGAGCCAACCUCCAAGGAGAAAGAGACCCAGCUGGAGCUCGUGAUUCAAGGAAUGUGCCAUUUGCAACUGAAAAUAUACCCCAUGGACCAGCUGGACGAGUCUGCGGACUUUCUGCAGUCUCUGGGACAGUUUUUCCUGCGCUCUCAUCUGCCCAGAAUUAAAUACGCAUACAUGGACGUUUUCAACAAGCUCUUGUUGCCGGUGGUGUCUGUGGGUACUGUGGAACUUAACCAUCCGGUGUGGGUGCAGGCCAUUUCCGAAAUCUACCCCAGAGUCAUUGCCAGCAUUCCAAAAACGUCCAAGCAAGGCUCUGGAGGCCCGGCCAUUGUGGCGGCAACGACUCUUUUGACUGUGUCUCCUCAGGAAUACUUUGCGCAGAAUUGGUCAGCACUACUCGAUGUCAUCAUAUCACGGUUCAAGGAGAAGCAGUCGCGAGGCCAUAUGGCCGUUUGUCUAGCAAGAUUAUUGUGGGUCUAUGUUUUCCGAUGCUCCGAGUCGUUGAACCAUACAACCAAACGUCUGGAGGGAAUCACACGACAAAUGUUCCCUGCGGGGUCCAAAAAGGGAUGGGCGUCGCUAGACCCGUCGAUACUACACCCCACAAUCCAGGUUUUGCGGUUCAUGGGCUUCUCCAACCCCUCCUACACCAUUGACCAGAUUUUGUACCAGCUCAUGCAUACCCAGUUGCUGGAGGGAUCGGCCAGUGUGGGGCUAGAGAGCCUGUCUCCCGAGCGACUUAUUAUUGGCAUGAAGGCGUACAUGUACAUGUUGCAUGACUAUGAGCAGGACCAGAAGCCGACGUUUUUGACCGACGAUGCUCUCAACGAGGUUGUACGGUCGCAUUCCUAUGUCGAGGGCCCCUUCCACCGCCAGAAGACCAAGCUGCUGGAGGAAUUUCAUGACACCUUUUCUCAAAUUCUCGGUAAGCUGUUUUAUCUGUGCGACACGUAUUUCUCCACUAACAAGGACGAAGAAGUCAAGAGAAGCUACCAAUUGCCCAGUGCUAAGACGCCGAUUGCAGUUUCGUUCCAUUUUGGCGCCAACGACAGCACCACUCUCAAUCGCGGGGCGUUUCUGGACCUGCUCUGUUACACCAUUGAGUGCAUUCCGUGGUGUCCCCCGUCCAACCUAAAGUUUUCAAAGCUGCUGGAAAUGCUUUGCCGAAACACUUUGUCGGUGGCGCCGGUGAGCCAGGCGGCCAGCAACGCCCUUAAAAAAUUUGUCGUUGCCGGAAAGGAAGGCAAAUCAGUCAUUGAGGUGUUUGCCAAGUUUAUGUUUUCUUUCGAACAGCAAAAUUUCUGCAGCACCGAAUUCCCGGCUACCGCCACGGACCGGUUCGAGUCUCUGCUCAAGCUGUACGUGACUCUGUUGGAGCUGUGGCUCGACACCAUCAAGUCCAAGAACGACGACUCGGUGGACUUCAACUCGGUCUGGGCCGUGGUGGAAGAGGUAGAGAGCAACGGGCUGUUUUUCCUGUGUUCUCAGAACCGCAAUGUGCGCCAUUUGGCCCUCAAGAUUCUGCGGCUGACCGUGUCGUUUGACGAGGUGUUGUCGGGUGUGUCUGGAUCACGUGUCAUUUCGCUGCUAGACUCCACCUCCGGCAACGACCUUCUCAGCCAAGCCAACCCGGCGAUUGAGCUCAACACCCCUGAAAAGACCCGGCUCAGCAAGCUGACCAGCAAAAACAAGGCAUCGCUGGCCCAACUGUCCGACUCGGACUACGGAGUCGACACGUCCAUCUGGCUCAAGGUCUUCCCCUGCUUCAUGCAGCAAUGCUUUGUGGCCUAUCCCAUGCCCGUGGCGCUGUUCAGAAACAUUGUCUGCCUGCGCCUAGUGCAGAUGCACGACGCCGUGGUCUCGUUUGCCGAGCAGCAGACGGCGGGACCCCAUUCCUUCAGUCUGCGACACCCAAUGCGAAACCAGGCGGAAAUGCUCAUUGAGCAGUGGCAGAUCUACCUCAUCGUGGCCUGCUGCACGUUGACGUUGACCGACGACAAGACCAAUGACCAGGCGGGAGUGCCUACUUCUGCUUCUCACAACCGCAAGAGAUCAGUGCCCCGGAUUCCAGCGUCACAACAAAAGAUUACGUCUGCCAAGUCCGUUUUCCGAAUGGUAAUCCCCCUCAUGACCGUGGACCACCCGUUGAUUCGUGACUCGAUCAUCGCCGGGCUCUCCUGUAUCAACGUGAACAUCUACGCGUCGCUUUUGGAGUGCCUGCAAGCCUGUGUGGGAAACUGGAAGGAAGAGCGACGACGUUUGCGUCAGAUGAGCCACCAUCGGCGAACCAGUUCCGAGGUGAGUAAUCCGGACACGCUGAUUAUCGAGGUGACUCGAAUUCUGAGGCUGACGGCGCAUUUCAUCCAAAACGAUGAGAUUCUCAAGGACGAGUGGAUUCUUGAAUUUCUGUCGUCGUACAUCAAGGACAUGAAGGCGUUUUUGUCGCUACCCGAGGUCCAGGUGGAAUGGGACUAUCAGCGUCUGAGGCGGUAUUUCUGCGGGUUUCUGGAAACCGUCUAUCUGGGCAUCAUCAAGACCCCGAACCCCGCCAGAUGGCUGCCGUUUGAGGGCCGCAUUUCGUGUUUCACCGUUAUUGAAGAGUGGUGUGGACAUGGCCAGCACUGGGCCUUGUCCAAGGACCGAGAAAUGCAAAUGAGGAGGGUGGUUUUGGGCCGGACCCGGGAGAGCAAAGACCAGUCUAUGAUUGUUGCUUCCAUGGAGCUGGAGCGACGCAAACUCGAGCUGGCGGCGCUCUCGUGCAUGGCUGUGCUUUGUUCGGGACCGGCGGUUCAAGCGGUGGAGAGCAACGGCGAGACCCGAGCGGUUCUGGCCUUCAACAUCACCGGGCUGAUGAAAUGGAUCGACGCCAUUCUCUCGUCGCCCGGUGAACAGAUGAAGAGAAUCGGCACAUUGGCACUGCGAAACCUGCUUGUGAAUAACUCUGACCAGACCGCCAUCACCGACGAGGCCGUGGCCCAUUGUUUCCAGGACCACGAAGACCCCGUGCAGAACCACUGCUACUUUCACACCCUGGUGGACGUGAUUCUCGGCGACGUGAAUUACCCGGUCAAGAUCCACCAGCUGCUGGUUUUGGCGCUCUUCAAGGUCGGAGACAGCGACCGAACCACCCGCUGUUUGGCCAUCAAACUGCUCACCUUUUUGGAGCGCCAGUAUUUUGCCACCUCGGUUGUGCGCGAGUUCCAAAUCUCCGUGUGCGACACGACUCAGGCGGUCUACAAAAAGGCACUGUUCGACCUGUCCACUCGGUACGCCCAGGACCACGCCAACAAGGCGUACUACGUCUUUUCCGAGCUCACCCGGUACUUUCACAACGUGUCACCUUCUUCUCGAAGAGACAUUUUGGCGGCGGUUCUGCCGUGGGUCCAGGCUCUGGAACUCAAGCUCGAUUCCAGCAACAUUCUGUGCCCAUCGAGUUAUAUGGUGGUGGUCAAUCUGCUGGAAAUCACGGCGCGGUUCUCUCAGGUGAUUCCCCACGAGGUCCAGGCUCUGUGGAUCGCGCUGGGCAACUCCAGCCAACAUGCCGGCAACGUGGAUCUCAUUCUCGACUUUGUCAUGAAGGAGUCCAUUCGCCGACGAGACCCCAUGUUUGUCGAGUGCUGCAGACAGAUUGUGGUGUAUUUGAGCAUGACCACGGCGUCGGGCCAGACGAAAAUUUGGGACACUCUGUUUUCUCACCUUUCUCCCCGCUCUAUGAUCCCUCAGUACCCCCAUGAAGACCCGCCUUACGAGAUUGACGAUGGUCUGUAUGUGGCUGAUCUGUUGCAGGUGUUUCCGAGACCGUCCAAGGAGUCUGGGUUCUCCCACGGGCAGUUGGCGCUCAUUUUCCUGGUCGAUCUGAUCACAUGCCGGUCGGAAAAGCUCCAGACCGCCAUUCCGCUGCUGUUGCAGGUGUGUUUUGUCCUGCUUGACCAUUACCACACCCUGGUGCACGUGCAGUCGCGUGAGAUGCUGGUACACGUGAUCCAGGCGUUUGUGGAGUCGUCCCCCGAAGAGGAGCAGCUUGUGGAGCUGUUGCAGAGCGACUCGACGCUGUGGGCCUACGACGACAUGAACAGCGACAAAAAUGGAGCCAAGACCCCCAUCAAGAUGAAGGAGCUGAUCCGGCAGCUUGUGGAGCUGUUGUCAACUGUCUGUCCGGGUCUACAGUCCGAAUGGGCCCGCCUCUCGCUCAGCUGGGCCACAACAUGUCCCGUUCGUCACGUGGCUUGCCGGUCGUUCCAGCUGUUUCGAACUCUGGUCACCGAUCUCGACCAGACCAUGCUUGGCGAUAUGUUGGCGCGGCUGUCCAACACGGUGUCCGAUGAGCUGCCCGACAUCCAGGGCUUCUCCAUGCAGAUUCUCAUGACGCUGCACUCUCUGACCGAGCGUCUGGAUGUGACGCAGCUGGAAACGUCGCCCCAGCUUUUUUGGGCCACGGUGGCGUGUCUGAGCACCGUCCAUGAGGCGGAGUUCAACGAGUGCUUGGCUGUGUUGCAAAAGUAUCUGCUUGUGGUGGACAUUUCUCGCCCCGAGGUCCAGCAGAGAAUCAUCGCCGCGUUCCCUCCGGGCUGGCGAGUGGCUUCAGACGAGCUUUCCGAGCAGGGCAAGUACGCUGGAGUCGGGCUGAAGCGGUUUGAGGCGGUGGAAGAUGGCGCCGUGGGUGUGGAGCGGUUUGAGGGGCUUCAAAGGACCAUUUUGGUGGGUCUUAAGAGCUGCAACUCGUACCAGCUGUCGCUUGACGUGCUGAAUCUCCUCAACAAGGUGCCGGACUCGAUUCUGGUGGGAUCAGGCACCACCCGGCUGCUGUUUGGACUGUUGAGCAACCUGCCGUCGUUUUUGCACGCUCUCGACGAUUCGGAGGGACCCAUCUCCGAAGACAUUGUCAGUGCCGCGUCGCAGCUGCAGAUCAUGGCCGGUGACGCUCCCGAACACGCUGGGUUGGUGCGGAUUCUCGACUCGCUGUGCAAGAAAAAGUUCCGCACCAAACUCGACUUUCUGCGUCAAUCGGUGCAGAUCAUCUCCAACAACUUUUUCCCGUCGGAAGAGGCCCACGCCCUGGUCUUCUUGCUGGGUCUUCUCGGCAACAAGACCGACUGGAUCCGACGAGAGACGCUGGACCUGCUUCGGCUCAUGUUGCCUUUGGUGAACAUGACCAGACCGGAGUUUACCGGCAUUGGCGCGGAUCUGAUCAGUCCCUUGCUGCGACUGCUCCAGACGGACUACGCCGAAGCCGCUCUUUCGGUUCUCGACGAAGCCGUGUGCAUUUCAGGGUCGCAAAUGGACAAGCACGUGCUGCGCAUGUCUCUGGGCAACAGAUCCAUGCGCAAGGAGUACGAACGGUAUAUUACUCUGUUUGGAAUUCCCGACGAAAGCGGCUGGGCCAUUCCCUGGCCGACAUUGAGCCACACUCUGACCCGCCACAAUGUGAACGCUGUGUUCAACACGUGCCAGGUUACCAACUCGUCCUUAUCGUCGGUGCCGUCGUCGCCGGCCGAGGAGUUCAAGUUCCACCAGGAAGACAACUUUUACGAGGAGGACAACAUGUCGCUGAGCCGCAUGGACUCCGUGUCGGUGCAGGAGGAGCCCGACGGAAGCCUCAGCAACAUGUGGCAGGCGCUGGACAAUCUGGACUCAUUUUUCCAGAAGACUAGCAUCCAGCAGGACGGCGGCGGCGGCUCGCGGUCUCGGGCUGGCCACAUGCACAACCAUUCUGUGUCGGCCACCUCGGAAAUGACCGACACCACCGACCACGACUACGUGCCCCAGCUCUACGACAAGAAGGUGUCCAUCAUUCUGAACCGGUCGCUGCAGAGAACCGCGUCCAGCACCUCGUUCAAAACCACACUGGCAGACUCCUUUGCCAACACCCAGCAGAGCUACGGGCCCACGGGCUCGGCCACGACUGCCGGUGCCGGCUCGUCGGGCUUGUCUCCAGCGCCCUCUCCGGGCUUGUCUCGACACGCCAAGCAAUCGACUUUGGGCGGGUCUUCGGACUUUGGCGGCUUCCAGCUUGUCGACGAGCCGUCUCCCGGCCACACGCCGCACUCUGGCCACCCAGGCUCGGGUCACGUGCCUCUGCACACCCGCAAUCUUUCGUAUGAUCAGGGCGGCGAGGUGCUGUCGCAGAAUCUGUCGCCGGCGGUCUCUUUCAAGUCGCGGAAGGCGUCCACCUCCAACGAGUCGAGUUUCCGGCUCGAGAGUCUUCUUCGGGGCGCCAGUCUGGGCAAAAAGAGCACCAAGAUGAAAACCAAGGAGUCUGCGAGCCACAAGAAGAAGCCGUCGGUGGCGGAAACGCCCAAGAAGGAGAGCAGCAAAUGGGGUCCGUUUUCGCCCGCCAGCAGCUCCAGUCCGCAGCAGCGACCCUUCCGGCCUCAGCGUGAGGACGCCAGUAGUUUUCAGUUUCCUCCUCCGAACUGA